UCAUUAUAUUUUCAAGAUUUGACAAUCAUGAAAAUAUAGUUAACAAGUUUAUGGUGGUGUCUUUUCUCAAAAUAUUAUAUUUUAAGUUGGUAUGGUAAUAUUCCUUCCUAUGUUGCUAAUUCAUGCAAUAGGAUUCAUAACUUUUAAAACGAAAGAAACAACGUAACAGCAAAUAAGUCCAGAUAAAUCUCGAGAUGAGGACCCAUAUCAAAAUCUAAAUGCUGACCAAGGUCACAAAAGAAUAGCAGAAUCCUAUGGGACCAGACUAAAUUCCAUACACCGCUUUUACAAUGCACCAGUUACAAAAUUUUUUGUCUAUAUGAUAACAUACAUGGCAUUCGUGGUGAUCUUUGCGAUAUUUGUUUUGACUGAUUUGCAUCCUUUGUCAGAAAAUCCGCCAUCUAUACUUGAAUAUUUAACUUGGUUGUGGACUUUGUCAAUAGCGAUAGAUGAAAUUAGACAGAUACAUCAAACACACAAGGGAUCAUUUUCAAAAAAUCUAAAGUAUUGGGCUAACGAUGUCUGGAAUAUAUUCGACAUUAUAAUGUAUCUUCUGUUCUUGUUGUAUGUUGUGCUACGAUGUUUACUGAAUUCGGACCAGUUUUACUUUGCCAGAAUGUCUUAUGCAAUUACUCUAUCGAUGUUUAUCUUGCGCAGCAUGCAUUUCUUCUUUAUCCAGAGGUAUAUUGGACCUAAAGUCGUAAUGAUAGGAAGAAUGCUUGGAGACCUUGGUUUUUUCAUUGCUCUAUAUGCACUGUUUCUAUUAAGUUUUGGAAUCAUGUACCAAGCUAUUUUGUUUCCGAAUUCGGUGUCAUCACCUUGGCAGCUGAUAAAAGAUGUUGUUUAUUUACCGUACUGGCAAGUGUACGGCGAGCUAAAUUUAGAACAGAUUGAAGGCGAACAACAUACAAACUGUACGAAUAGUCGUCAGCUCUACACGAAUGGACCAAUACCACGAUGUCCAAUAAAAAACCAGUUCAAUGCGCUGAUGCCGGCUGUGUAUUUAAUUUUGACAAAUAUUCUGUUAGUGAAUAUUAUUAUUGCAAUGUUUUCGCGAACAUUUGACACAGUACAAGACAACUCUGAAAUGAUUUAUAAAUUUCACAUGUAUGCAUUGGUACAUGAAUACUAUGACAGACCAAUGUUUCCCAUACCGAUAGUUAUACACUUAUGGAGAUUAAUAGUAUUUUGUUACGACCAUACACGGACUCCUAAGAAUUGCGGAGGCGCCUUUGUAAAUGAUGUUCCGCACGUCGAAAUUGAAAGACUACAUGUUGUUGAAAAAAUUGCAUUCGAAACUUAUCAACACGGACCUGAUUAUGCUCGUAGUAGAUAUGAUGCGAAGAACAUGAUGACUGACGAAAGGGAUAUAAACAAAGAAAUGGAAUCAACACCUACCCAGCAUGACAUCAAGGAUUAACGAGAGGAAAUGCAUCAAAUGAGAGACUUUUUGAUUCAGGAGAUACGACAUUUAGAUUAUCGACAACCAGUUGUAGCAUCAGAUAAUCUAAGGCGAUAAUAUGGCAUUAAAAGAUGCUUGAAUACAGUUUGCAUAACACAACGUCGGCUCUUACUAAUCAUAUUAUUGCAACUAACUUCUGUUUUGAACUGCGAUCACGUUUGAGUUACAUCGAAUUUUUGACAAUUCAUCUGAAAUAAACAGUAAAAGUUAUAGUGCAUCGCAUUAAAAACACAUAUAUUCACACAUAAGUUUUAUUUACGUAGAGUAGUAGAUCAUCAAUUAAGUUUGGUGUGUUUGUUUGUUUCAUUGCUAAGUUGGUAUUGUAUUUGUUGUAAAAGAUCAAGAUUAAGUUUUGCCACAAGUUUUGCUUUAACAUGUGUUGACUUUAUUCAAUUUGUAAAAGGUUUCCAUUGAGGUCAUGGGCACAUACAGAUGUGGUAUACAUAUUUUAAAACUGAUUGAAAGUAACUAUUAAUGUAUUUUGAAUUCAUAUAUGUACAUCAAAAAAGCAUGAUUCGCGUAUGCGUUAAAACAGUUUUCGUUCUCAGUGAAUCUUGAAUAAUCAGUAAAAAUGAAAACUUAAUCAAUAUGUUUUAUCUACUAACUAAUAAGUAUGUUUCUUUAUAAUAAAGUGUUUUAGAAAUUA